AUGGCGCCUCCUUUCUUCUCUGACAUCUCCAAAGACAUCAACGGUCUUCUCAACCGCGACUUUUACCACGGUACCCCAGCUGCUGUGGACAUCAAGACCACUGCCCCUAACGGGGUUGCUUUCACAGUCAAGGGUAAGAGCUCUCCUAAGGACAACGCAAUUGCAGCCAACGUCGAGGCCAAGAUCUCUGACAAGGCCACUGGAUUGACUUUGACGCAAGGCUGGUCAUCUGCCAACUCGCUCGACACUAAGAUCGAGCUCGCAGAGUUGACCCCAGGUUUGAAGUCUGAGCUUGUGACCUCGUGCGUCCCAGGCACCUCCAAGGCCGCCAAGCUCAACUUGAACUUCGUGCAACCUUUCUUCACCGCCAGAGGUGCCUUCGACUUGUUGAAGGGCCCAUCUUUCGUCGGUGACUUGACUUUGGCCCACGAGGGCUUCGUCGGUGGUGCCGAGGUCGGCUAUGACAUCGCUGCUGGUGCCGUGUCCCGUUACGCCGUUGCCCUAGGUUACGCCGCUGGCUCUUAUUCCGUCGCUUUGUCUAUCAACAACGCGCAAUUGACCACUGCCUCUUUCUUCCAAAAGGUCAGCCCAUUGUUGGAGGUUGGUGCCAAGGCCGCUUUGAACCCUCAAGCCGGCUCUAACGUCAACAUCGAAUUCGCCACCAAGUACGCCUUGGACCCAACUUCCCAGGUCAAGGCUAAGGUCGCCGAUUCCGGUAUUGUCGCUUUGGCUUACAAGCAAGCUUUGAGACCAGGUGUUGACUUGGGUCUAGGUGCUUCCUUUGACGCCUUGAAGUUGUCCGAGCCAGUUCACAAGCUAGGCUGGUCCUUGUCCUUCUCUGCUUGA